AUGAAGAACUACACAGAGAGUGAAAGUUAUCUGAUGAAGCUUCAGAAGAUAAAUGAAACAUUUCCAACUGAGUCUUCAUCUGUUCCAGAGGUGCUUGGUGAGAAGGGAUGGGCCUAUCUUAAAUUCUCUCGCAAAUAUUAUGACAAAGCCGCAGAAGUUUUCCUGAAGGCUGUGGAACUGGAUCCGGAAAAUAGCGAGUGGAACGCUGGUUAUGCCAUUGCUCUGUAUCGUACUGAAGCUGGUACAUCUUGCACUGUGGAUUCACCUGCAAUCAAGCAGCUUAGACAAGCAAUUGAUAUAAACCCAGAUGAUGAUGUUCUGAGAGUUCUUCUUGGGCUUAAACUAUUGUUAUGUUCCAAGAUGCUGAAGAAUGAGUCUGAGAAGUUGGUUGAGACUGCCUUGAAUGGGUCUCCAGAUCAUCCACAUGUCAUGAGAUAUGUUGGAAUAUUCUUCAGGGAUCAAAGAUCCGUAGACAGUGCUAUUGAAAUGCUUAAUAAAGCAUCUGAAAUAUCACCAAAUUCAUGCUUCAUCCAUCAUCAGUUAGCAAUGUGCUACAAGACCAAGAAAAUCAAUUUAAAACAAGAAAAUCGGAGCAAAACUGAGAUAGAUGAGGCCCGUGAUAAAACCAUUUACCAUCUAGAAAUGGCCACUUCCCUGAAAGCUUCCUUUAUCAUUGCCAUGAGUGACCUUGCACUUCAGUAUGGAGAGAGAAAUGAUCUGCAGAUGGCUGAGGAACUGUUUGACACAACAUUUCAGAUAGCUACUGAGAUGAAUGAACAUCUGCAGUUAGUGCAUUUAAAGUACGCUCAGUUCCAGCAGUACUGCAAAAGGUGUGAAGAUUUCGCAAUUGAGCACUACAAAAAGUGUUUGACAAUGGAUCCACAUACCAAGGAUGGAACUACAAGUGCUUGGAAACUGAAGAAAAUUGCUGAUGGGCGUAUCAAGUAUAACCCAAAUGAUUGGAAGGGGAAUGAGAUACUGGGAUUUAUUUAUAAUGAAAAGGGUAAUAUAUUCAAUGACACAGAGGGUUAUGCAGACACUUCAGCCAAUGAUGAGAAUGGUGAAUUCCUCAAUAAUCUUGGUGAGCUUUUUUCUAAGUAA